AUGGCGUCCGCCGAGCAGGACCCGCUCCUUCUCCUGCGCCAGGCCAUCGCGUCCAAGCAACCAGCGAUUCCCUCAGCGUCGGCUGAUGAUCCUGUCGAAGCACCCCUCUCCAAGGCAACGCAUUUGCAUUUCCCGCACCCGGCUCCCAUAUCUGUCCCGCUCUCUACACCGACGCGCUUCAUCAGUAGCGAUCGCCCUGUCGACCUGCGUUCCAUCUACUUCGCCUGGCUCAACAAGGACGUCGCCAUCCCCGAAUACAACGCCUCGGCCAACCGUCUCAACGAUGAGCUGGGAGAUCUCGGAACCGUGCAGAACCUCGCGUUUGUUGAGCGUCUAGAUCUCUUUACCUGGCUCGAAGGCGCCAGCGAAGAAUCGGAACAUAUUCGCCCGGUUGUGGGGGAAGGGAAGGAUGCGGCUGCCGCGAGCGCUGCGAAGGCAACGCCGUCGACGGCCGUAAGUCGGAGUGGCAGGGGGGCAAUGGACCCUCGGAUGGCGGUAAUCUACAGUGGUGAGCGAAAGAUGGGGGAUCGCAACUCCGUCUUGCGCGGAAUCAAACCAACCGACUUUUCCCAUGUCCGCAAACUCGCGGCACCGUUCAUGCAGAAGAAACCCGGGUCGUCCCAAAACACCAUCAUGGCCAGUGCUGCCCUCGCGAUCAACCCAAAGCCGCCCACCCGCCGACCCGACCCCAUCAUCCUCCUAUCCCCCUCAGCGUCGUCGCUCCUCCGCCUCUCCAACGUCCGGUCCUUCCUCGAAAACGGCCGCUACACACCGCCGGACAGCAGCAGCGCCUCGGGGACGAGCAUGCUGCACGUGUCGCGCCUGAUCAAGGACGUCGACCCGUCGCGGCCCAUGCGUUUCAUCCUCGUCGAGGGCCCGGAGCAGUUCAAGCCCGAGUACUGGAACCGCGUGGUCGCCGUGUUCACCACGGGCCAGGCGUGGCAGUUCAAAAACUACAAGUGGAGCGACCCGCAGGAGCUCUUCCGCCACGCCGUGGGCAUCUACGUCGGUUGGCGGGGCGAGCCUGUCCCCGAGUCGGUGCAGAACUGGGGACACCGCGUGUUGCACUUUGGCAUUGACCGGCCCCGUAGAGAGGGGAAUCUUGUCGGCGCCGUGCCGGGCGCGGGCGAGGCGGCUCGCUUCCGUGAUAAGGAGGUCGUCGAGACGAUCUGGAGAUCGGUCGAGUCGGCUAUGAGGACAAAGGGCUGGACUAAGAAUUCUGCCCCCAUGUCCAUCUGA